CCGACCUUCCGCCAAUCUUCUGUUCUAUCCAUCCUUUUGACUGCCUCUGCCAUUGGCAACUCAGUACAACUGUUGCUCUGCCCAUACCCAUAUCAUUUCCGACUCUUCUUUCUCUCUUCUCUCGCCGUCUUUCCUUCUCGUCUCACACCCUCGAAUUUCUCCUUCUUCCUUUCGCCCACCUCAUCCUCACGAAUGUGAACUUACUGAGUCUACUAAAGCUGCUGCUGUAGCACGGCUAUGGCUUUCCUUUCAUCCAACCUAUCACGCCUCAGUUCAUCCCACAUCCACCACGGACUUUAGUGCGCCUUGACACGAGGCUACCGGACUGCUCCUACCACGACUGACUCUUUCCACCUAUCCACCAUCCACCUUACACUCGCCCAUCCUUCAUCCUCCUCGAUUCUGCUCGUUAUUCGACCUCUAGCCAUCAUAUCAUUUCUUGAUUCCUACAGCCAUUUCAGCACAGCAUUUGUCAUUGGCUAUUGUUGAUCGAUUCGAGACCGACACCAUUCUUCCUCUUCGUCUAGUCUCCGCAAGUCCGCAUUCUCGUCGCAGCCAUGGUCGCUCCACCCUCCACUGGGGGUGCACCUGCGGCUGCAACUCAAAAGAUUGCAUCUGCCACCCCUAGGACAAACGGCAUCGGCCCUAACAUGGCUACUCCAUCCUUUCCAUACAGUGCUAUACGCUCAGCACCCCUUGACAUGCGGACUGUUGAGCGAAAGGGCCAACCUGCAAGUCGCGACCCUCCUGUUAGAACGAGACCCAAUGGAAUACCCGAAGCACCGACCUAUCGUCCAACUGAAGCUGAAUUCCGCGAUCCCAUGGAAUAUAUUCGAAGCAUCUCGGAGAAGGCUAGCAAAUUUGGCAUCUGCAAAAUCAUCCCACCAGAAGGCUGGACUCCCGACUUUGCCAUCGAUACAGAGCGAUUUCACUUUCGCACGCGCCGUCAAGAAAUCAACUUGGUUGAAGGAGGGAACCGAACAAACCUCAACUACCUCGAUCAGCUCGCAAAGUUCCACAAGCAAUACGGUGCUCACCUCAAUCGUUUCCCUAGCGUUGACAAACGUCCUCUCGACUUGUACAAACUUAAAAAGGCCGUCGAAGUCCGAGGAGGCUUUGAACGUGUUUGCAAAGACAAGAAAUGGGCUGAAAUCGGUCGGGAUCUGGGAUACAGUGGAAAAAUCAUGUCAUCACUGUCCACUUCUCUCAAGAAUUCAUAUCAAAGAUGGCUGCAUCCAUACGAGGAGUACUUGAAAUACGCCAAACCUGGCGUCCAUCAGCAGCUCGAAUCCGAGCAAGGCGGCGCUUUCCUGCCGAACGGCCCUCACGCAUCACCUGCAAGUCGUCCACCACCUUCGCAGUCGGCACCGCCAGCACCCAUCGCUGCCGCUUCUCCCCCAGCUCCUCCAUCGAUAUUACAAAAAGCAUCAGCUCAUUCACCACAGUCACACCCUCCACAACCAUCUCCUGUACCACAGCCGCAACCACCGCCCCCCACUUCAAUUCCCGCCCCCUCCCCGCAACCAAGACCUGUGUCGUCUUCUGGUUUCACUGCGGUCAAUAGUGGCUUCGCUUCAGUCAACAAUGGUGGAGGGUUUACUGCAGUCAACCAUGCUCCGCCAGUCCAGGUUAAAAACGAGCUCAAUGGCAUGAAUGACCACCACCAUCAAGCUCCCGGCUCUUCGUUCAUGCCAGUCAAUGGGCCCACCAUGUCUACGGUUCCUAUGACCUCGAACGGCGUGUCCAAUCCUUUGAAGCGAACUAUGAGCCAUGAUAGUCUCAACGGCGAUUCCGGAUCAGACGCUCUCGAUGGUGAGCCUGUUGAUGCAAACGGCCGACGAAGCAAAAGACCCAAGAAAGGUAAGAUCAGCCCUCCUUCACCCGCAUCUCCCUCACUUACAGGUCCAGACGGCCACCCAGUCAUUCCUGGGAAUCACAUCCCAGCAAUGCGUCCAUCCACCCCUCAGGUUCGACCUAAGUCCAGUCUCAAAAAGCACGGUGAUAGGUGCGACAAGUGCGGUAAGACCGAUAAUGCAGAAACUAUCUUGGUUUGUGACAGCUGUGAUUUGGGCUAUCAUAUGAAUUGCAUCGAGCCUCGUCUCGCUAGUGUUCCUGAUUACGAUUGGCAUUGUUCAAGAUGUCUGGUUGGUACCAACGACUACGGCUUCGAGGAAGGUAGUAUCUACUCGUUGAAACAAUUCCAGGAAAAGGCAAACCGAUUCAAGGACGAGCAUUUCAGCUCAAGAAUGCCCUUUGAUCCUGUCACAAACACCCAGCGACGUCCAACCGAAGACGACGUGGAAAGAGAGUUCUGGCGACUUGUUGAAGACAUCACGGAAUCUGUUGAGGUUGAAUAUGGCGCCGACAUUCAUUCCACCACCCAUGGAAGCGGAUUUCCCACGGUCGAAAAGAAUCCGCUAAAUCCAUAUGCCAAGGAUCCCUGGAACUUGAAUGUCAUGCCUUUCCUAGAAGAGUCCCUGUUUAGGCACAUCAAGGGUGAUAUCUCGGGAAUGACCGUUCCCUGGCUCUACGUUGGCAUGUGUUUUUCCACCUUUUGCUGGCACAACGAAGAUCAUUACGCCUAUUCAGCAAAUUAUCAACAUUUCGGUGCCACCAAAACGUGGUACGGCAUUCCCGGUAAGGAUGCCUACGCCUUUGAGAAUGCCAUGCGAAAGGCUGUUCCAGAACUCUUCGAGACACAGCCUGAUUUGCUCUUUCAACUCGUCACCAUUCUACCCCCAAAUCAAUUGAGAAAAGCUGGUGUAGACGUCUUUGCUUGUGAUCAACGCGCAGGCCAAUUUGUCAUCACCUUUCCUCAAGCCUACCACGCUGGGUUCAAUCAUGGGUUCAAUUUCAACGAAGCUGUCAACUUUGCACCGUCUGACUGGGAACCAUUCGGCGAGACCGGCAUCCAAAGACUUCAAGAAUUCCGACGCCAACCCUGCUUUUCACAUGACGAGUUGCUCUUCACCGCAGCUGCGUCUGACACAACGAUCAAGACUGCUAGGUGGUUGGGUCCGGCCCUUGAACGCACUCUGAACCGUGAACUUGGGGAGAGAGCUCGGUUUGCUGCAAUGCACAAGAACCUGAAUCCUCAUCACGACUGCAAUCUGGAUCUUCUCGCCGAAAUGCCGCCUAGCCAAUGCGGACUGACGAUCAAAGUUGAAAAUGUCGAACUGGAGGAAGAGGAAUAUCAAUGUUGCUACUGCAAAUCCUUCUCGUACCUGGCUCAGUUUCGAUGCCACGAGAGCAAGAAGGUGUCCUGCCUCCGGCAUACCGAUGUGGCUGAUUGCUGUGGUCUGGGAGCGCCGGCGCGCCUGCGAGGCGAGAAUCACACUCUUGUCUUGCGUUACACCAACCAAGAGCUUAGGAAUAUCGUUCAAAAGGUCGUGGACAAGGCAUAUGUUCCAGAAGCAUGGGAAGCCAGGCUAGAUGCUUUGUUGGCCGAUGACGCCCGACCUGCGCUGAAGGCGUUACACACGCUAUUGACCGAGGGAGAAAAGAUUCCCCACCCCUUGAAUGGCUUGGAUGAUCUAUCCGAAUUUGUCAAACGAUGUGACCAGUGGGUGGAAGAGGCCAACCUGUAUUUGACUCGAAAGCAGCAGAAUCGGCGAAAGAACGACAAAAGUUGGCGACGUUCCUCAAUUCGAAACGGCAAGGGUGACGACAAGGAUGAACCCCAGCUGACGCUCGAACGCAUGAAAGAGUUGAUUGAAGAUGGAGAGCAACUCGGAUUCACCGCGCCUCAGAUGGAGCAUCUUGCCGACAAGGUGACCACGAUCGAUGAAUGGAGGGCAAAUGUUAAGCGAAUUCUCAGCGGAAUGGCUCAAGCUACUACAGAAGAGCUGGAUGUAUUUCUUGAGGAAGGUCGCGGUUUCAUGGCGGCAAUGCCUGAAUUGACCAGCCUGGAAAAUUUGCAUGCUCAAACGCAAUGGCAAGAAGAAGCUCGUCUGAUCCAGAAGGAUGUGCAUCUCAAGACCUUGGACGACUGCAGAGAUCUGCUCAAACGUGCGAAUGAAAUCGAAAUCUCGCCUCGAUCCCAGGAGGUGGCUAUCUUGACCGAGCUGGUGCGACAAGGAGAGUUCUGGGAGAUCAAGGCCAAAGAAGUCAUGGCCGCUGAAGAUGUGCACUACCCCCAGCUCGAGUCACUCCAUUCUCAAGUGCAGAGCCAGAAUUUCCCAGUCAACAAGGACACUCUGGAGCAGAUGGAUGCGAUAUUGGCCAAGAACCGCGAGGCCAAGAGACAAAUCAUUACGCUGGUUGAACGCAGCCACGACCCGGAUUUGCGCAAGCGUCCCAUGUAUGCCCAUGUGCGGGACGUAGUCAAAGGAUUGGAAGACCUCAAUGGGAAGCCUCAUGGUGCAGCCGACCUGGAGAAAGAACUUCGGCGACACGAGGACUGGAUGCGAAAAGGCAAGAAGCUGUUUGGAAAGGCGAAUGCGCCUCUUCAUAUUCUUGAACAGCACAUGAAGUUUGUGGAGGAGAAGAACAGCUUCUGCUUCGAUUUGAACGAUACAUUCCGACCGCCCGUGGAGCCAGCAUCACGAGAAGCAUCGCCGGCAGAAGGCCAGGAAAAGAAUGUUCUUGGCGGCGAUGAUGAGAAGCCAGUGUUUUGCAUUUGUCGUCAGCCUGAAGCAGGUCUGAUGAUCGAGUGUGAGAUCUGCCACGACUGGUACCAUGCGAAAUGCCUGAAGCUGGCACGAGGCAAAGUCAAGGAGACGGAAACAUUUACCUGUCCGAUCUGUGAUUGGCGAGUCAAGAUCCCACGCGAUGCGGCUCGACCCAAGCUUGAAGACCUACUGGAGUGGCAGAAUGAGAUUGCGGAUCUGCCAUUUCAACCCGAGGAAGAGGAGCUGUUGAGACGGAUCGUGGACAAGGCGCAGAACUUCCGUACCUUUCUGCAACAAUACACCAACGGGAAUCAACUUUGCCGGACGAGUGAGGAGAUGCCCGAGAUGUUGUUCUACCUGAGGAAGAUCGAAGGGGCAGAAGUGCUGUUGGCGUACGAGACCAACAUCUUCCGAUCGGCGCUUCACGACUGGCAACCUAUUGCGCCGCAGCCCCCUCCAGUGCUGGACCAGAGUCUGUCGACGAGAAAACCUCGACCAACCAAGCAGCAGAAGCUGAUGAAGGAGUUUGGCGUGGAGAAACCCGAAGACCUCCCGCCUCAUCUGCGGACCAAGACUUAUGUCCGGCGGAAGACGCAGGAGUCAUUUGUCACGGGGCCACUGUUGCCGAAACCUUCGACACAAUCGCCUUCGGCACCUGGAUCAGCAGCUAGCCCGACACAGAGCCACCAGGGCGGCAACGGAGAGACGCCAUCGAUGCAGAGGCAGAACUCGGGCGGCGGUGCACCGGGAACGGGCGGAUUCGAUGGCGGUUAUAUGUCCGGACCAACAUAUGGAGGCGGAUUCAGCAGCGGAGGAGGACCCUCGUUCCCCGCACGAUCCCCAUCGCCCAUGUUUGGCGCAUCAGGGGAACAGUCAGAAGGAUUGCGGGACCCGAUGAUGGGGGCAUUCAGCAAGACUGAUAUUGGUGAAGGGCGGAGCCUGGAUGCAUCGUUUCCUCUGUUCCGCCCAGGUGGAUCAGACCUGGGACUUGAUGGGGAGGACGACCUCCGAAAUGGUCUGGCGAAUGUCAGCGCGAGCGAGGUCAAUUCGGCGCAAGAGGGAUCGCCGGCUGUUGGAGGAGAAUAUGACAACAUGUUCAUUGGGAUGAGCGGGCAAGAUGGGGAGGGUACGAAUGAGGGAGUGGCAGGGCUAGAGCAUGAGCAUGAGCGGAGCCACGCCAGCGAGGCGCUGGAUGUGAUGAGUCCGGGGUCUCAUGGAGAAAUGGAGGACAAGCACUUUGAUGAUUUUCUCAAUGGGGAUGGACAGAAUUGACGGACAAGCUUUAUUGACGACUGGGCAGGAGCAAAAGAGUAUCUGUGAGGACAUGUGGUUUUUGAUUGACAUGGCAAGGCGGGAAUGAAUGUUCAAGUAGAGAGGCGACAACAAGGGAGCUGGAUCCAUGACUUUUGUGGCAUGAAUUAUCGACAUGAUUUGCUAGGUACCUGAGUUGAUUGUUAUAUGUAUUAAGAAUUGUUUGAGAACAAAGAGGCACGAGGCUGAGAGCACGUGAUUGCUAUGGAUUUUCUUGAAAUGUGUGUAUGUGGAUGAUAAUAGAGAUUGUGACGUAGAUAGACCCUAUCAUGGGGUGAUGGAUGUGGUGGCUGAUCUCGCUUAUCGAGGGGUGCUUCAGAUAGUACUCCGUACGGGAGUCUGGGGAUGCAG